AUGUCGGAGUUGAAGAAAACCCGCGAUGCAUCAACUUACCAAAAACUUCCGCCACCCAAGUCACUUCUGGGCGAAGAGGACGCCGAGGUUACAUGGGAGAUAAUUUUAAAACGGUACCCCAACGCCGCUCCCCUUCUAUGCGAAAUGGAAAACGUUAUAGAACGAGCUGAGGGUCUUCUGAACCAGCUAAGGUCGCCCUACACUCAGGCCCUGGACGAUAAUUGUCGUCGCCCCGUUUGCACAGAGAGAUCGAGUUCUUUUCAAAUCGCCGAUUCUCAGGACGAUCUGACGGCUGAAUGCGACGUCGAGAAGUCUACCGAGGUCUCGAUACUCUCGGAGCAAUGUUAUUACUCAGAUUCCGCUGCAGCCGAGGAUUCCGCAAUUCCCGAAAUCAUGUCCGAGGCGCAAGCCGGCGAUUCGAUCUCGCACCAGGGGCUGGAAAAUUGUGCACAAACGGAGGAGGAACAACCCUCGAUUCCGGGGGCCAGCUCGUCUUACAUCUACGAGUCCAAUUCGAUGAACCCCGACCCGGACUGGGAGUCGAAGAUCAGUUUGAAAUCGUUUAUAUCGUCCGGGGCGAGCUUUACGCGGAGUCAAAAGUCUCGUCAAGGUAUUCCAGAGUCCGUCUCACACCAGGCAAUUCCAGUGUCUUCAAAGGUUCCACGAGUCGAUCGGUCGUUAAAUGGUUCGGCUGCAGAAGUGGAAAAAACAUCGAGCCUUGAGGCUUGGGGAAAAGUUGUCGGAGAGACCACGACGAUUAAAAUAACGGGUAAAAGCUCCGGUCCGUCUGGUUUCAAGGAAUGUUCACCACCAGUGGUUUCCGCUGCUAACGCAAAGGGUUAGUUUGUAAUCCAGUUUUGAAAGAUUCGACCGAUCAAUCGGUAUCGAAGAAGCCAAGUGAACGAGAAUCGACAUACGUACUCGGGCUUGAAUUUAUUGGGGAAAAAUUAAUUCACGGUCGUUGAGACAUGAUUUACGGGUUCUUUGAUUCGCCGUUUUAGAGGAUACGGUAAGCGAGCACGCGCGGAGACUAAGCUCGCUCAAAAGUGGACCAAUGCAGCAGAUAACUAAGCUCAAUCUCCUGGGAAAGAGGGAUGAGCUGAUGCAGAGAUUCGCUGGAACAAUCGCCACCGCUUCCAAGGUCGUCGAUACGACGCGAAUGGUGGAGGAGACACAGAGGCUGCGAGAAGCGGUUUCUCACAUC